AUCUCGGCCCUCUCCUUCAGCCUCCAGCCUUCAUUAAACGCUGCACUUUCAGAUCACGCCUCUCCUCUAUUCUCUAGCAGUCCAGCAUCCAACUGUCGUUGAGGCUUGAGCUCCACUCCUCGCAGGUGGUCCAGCCACUCCAGCCGCUGCCGGCGGUCCAGAUCUAGCCACUACUCUCUCUUCCUCCACUCUCCAGCAACCAGCAGCCCAGCUCCAUCUCAGGAUAUCAUUAUGAAUACUAGUGGUUCAGGGACUGCUACUGGUGAUUCUAUUGGAUCUGUCCCUUCUAAAACAGAUGAUCCUGUUUGGGCGCAUUGUUUGAUUGUCCCAGGCAAGAGGAAUCAAACAAAAUGUCUAUAUUGUUAUAAGUUUAUACAAGGGGGUGGAAUUACUAGAUUGAAAGAGCACCUUGCUGGAAUUAAAGGCAAUGUUGGUGCAUGCAAAAAAGUUUCAGCAGAUGUAAAAUGGCAAAUGCAACAGUUGUUAAGUAAGAUAAGGAAAGGGAAAGAAAAGAGAAAGAGACUUGGAGAUAUGGUUGGGAGUCAGUGUGGGUCAUAAACAUUUGUUGAAGAAGAUGAUGAAAUUGAAGAGAUCCCUCAAUCUCAAUCACAUGUAGCACAACAAAAAAGGAAUAUUAAUUCCUAUUUUGUACCAAGGACAACUCCUGGAGCACAGAAAAGUAUAAAAAGUGCUUUGCAAU